GCCUCGCUGCAAUAUGCCCCAAUACAACACCAUAUGGGCUACCUAUGUUUCUCUUGGAGUCCAGGCCCUUAUUCCGAUUGCUAUCGGAUCUUUCAAAUCUCUGAAAACUCCUGAAGAUACUCGACGGCGACUUCGAGAAUCAAAAAAGGGUCAGAUCUCUGAAGAGUAUGACGAUGAAGAUGAGGAGCCUGCUGGCGAAACUUUAACAUGGAAGGAGUCCGCGAUGUUCCCCAUCAUGGGCUCCGUGAUGCUGCUGGGAUUAUGGGCGGUCUUGAAGUAUUUUGGGAAGAAAUGGAUCACUAUCAUUCUCGGAGUGUACUUCGGUCUUGCGGGAAUGCUGGCUGUACAGUCGACAUUCUCCUCCAUUAUAGGCUAUCUUCUUCGCGUAUUUGGUAUCUCUAUGACCACCUAUCAUGUUCGCAUCUCUGCAGGAUUUAGACAGAUCUUUCACCUCCCUACAACCCUUCCGACCAUGUGCCUUAUUCCUGUCUCUAUCGUCCUUCCCCUCCUAUACGUCUACUUUGAUCGACAUUACAUAUUGAGCAACAUCCUCGCCCUUGCUUUCUCUAUCGAGACUCUCGCCUUGCUCAAGCUCGAUUCAUUCUUCACCGCCUUCUUGAUGCUGGGUCUGUUGCUUGUCUAUGAUAUCUUUUGGGUUUUCGCGACCCCAGUAAUGGUUACAGUGGCUAAAGGUAUUGAUGCCCCCAUUAAGAUUCUCGCUCCUAAAACCUCCCCAUUCGCUUCUCCCACCGAUUUCGCCAUGCUGGGUCUCGGCGAUAUCAUCGUACCUGGUCUCGUCAUUGCCCUUUGUCUCCGAUAUGACCUUCAUCGCUAUGCCGCUUUUUACAAGGGCCAGAAUGUUACUCCCAGGAGCAAGUUUGGAAAGCCAUAUUUUUGGUGUGGCGUGGUGAGCUAUGUUUUGGGGUUGGGUGUAACGAUCGGGGUGAUGCACCAUUUUCAGAGGGCGCAACCUGCUUUGCUCUACUUGAGUCCAGCUUGUACUCUUGGGCCUGUUCUUCUUGCAUUUUCUCGAGGAGAGAUUAAGAACCUAUGGACAUACGAUGAGUCACCAGAGGAGGAGAACAAGCAAGUCCUUGACGAUACCAUUGAGGCGGCAUCGGAGGCGGCUAUCAGAGCUCGCGCAGAAGCCAAGGCAGCUGCCGAAGAGACCGUCAGCAAAGGCGAAGAUACUGUUGACGAAGCGCAGGACGCCGGAGAACAAAAAGAACAGAUGGACGAUGAUAGUUGGAUGAAUAACACCGGCGUCAUCGCUCCCGAAGGAAAACCUAGAAAGAAGAAGGGUGGGAAGAAGAAGUAGAGAAUCAUUAUAGAUGCCGUUGCGUAUUCAUCAAAAAGGUCACCAUAUCAUACAUCCUAGUCUAUCGCACAAAUAAACUGAACUACCUAACAGACCCUAUAGGGGCCAAUUUUAAUUAUUUCUGCAAACUCCUUCUGUAUUUGAUGAACGCCACCAAGUUUUCAUACACCUCGUCACCCCUCACUCUCAAAUUCCUUUCUCUUCGCUUAUCAAUCUUCUUCACCUCGGCCCUGACCUUGCCCACGAUACCGCUUAAAACUUGCAAAUAAUCAUUUUCAACAAAAACAGAGUUGAAAGAACGGGUCUCAUCAGAGUAAAUGUCGAUAAUGGCGUUGAGCAAUGAGACGAGCAUUUCCGCCGAGGGGGUGGGGGAGGUGGAGGUGAGACGUUGAAUAAGGUUCUGGGUGAUGGAUUGGUUUUCGGCAUUGGAAAUGGAUUCGCGCAUGGCAAUACUGGAG